GUUUAAAGAUGGCGGAGUGCCUGGCCGCACGUUUGGCCGCCCAGGAGGAGCAGAUUCGCCUCCUCUCGGAUGAGGUCUCCUCGCUCCGGGACGGGCUCAGUCGGGGUGUGGACGCCGCCGGUGUUGCGGCAGCGGCGGCGGUGUCCCCGGCGCUGGAGAGCCUGCGGACGGAGAACGAGAAGCUGCGGUACCGGCUACUGCACCUCCGGAGAGCUCUGCAGGCGGAGCGGGCGCUGGAGGAGGCGGCGCCGGGCAAGUGUGGCACAGCUCCGGGGAAAAACGGCAACAAAGCUCCGCAGACAACCAACCGAGCCGAUAAAGCGGUGACAGCCCCGGACACGAAACCACUUGACAAAAACAAGAAAGAGAAGAAACAGGAGAAGACAGAUGGAAGUGUGAAGGAGCUGAAUCCUUGGCCCGGAUACAUCUCACAGCGACUCAGCCUUUACGAUCAGCUCAAGAAGGAGAGUGAUGCCCUGCUGGCAAAGAAAGCUGCAGGCAGCAGGCCCAUCUCUGUGGAGCUGCCAGAUGGGCGAAAGGUGGCAGGGAAAGCCUGGGUCACCACACCGUAUCAGCUGGCCUGUGAUAUCAGUCAGGGUCUGGCUGACAAUGCUGUGAUUUCUCGAGUGAAUGGCGAGCUGUGGGAUCUGGAUCGACCUCUCGAGCAAGACUGCUCCCUGGAGAUCUUGCGCUUUGACAAUGAGGAUGCUCAGGCUGUCUACUGGCACUCCAGUGCUCACAUCCUCGGAGAAGCAAUGGAGCGCUUCUAUGGAGGUUGUCUAUGUUAUGGACCUCCCAUCGAGAAUGGCUUCUACUACGACAUGUUCCUGGAUGGACAGAAGGGAGUGUCCAGCACUGAGUUUGGGGAUCUGGAGACGUUGUGUAAGACUGUGGUGAAGGAAAAGCAGCCAUUUGAGAGGCUUGAAAUCAGCAAGGAGACACUGCUGAAGAUGUUUAAGUACAACAAAUUCAAGUGUCGCAUUCUGAAUGAGAAGGUCACCACUCCAACCACUACAGUCUACAGGUGUGGGCCCUUAAUUGACUUGUGCAGAGGUCCUCACGUCAGACACACAGGCAAGAUCAAGGCCUUGAAGAUUUACAAGAACUCGUCCACCUACUGGGAGGGCCGCUCCGACAUGGAGACUCUGCAGAGAAUCUAUGGGAUUUCUUUCCCAGACUCAAAGAUGCUGAAGGAGUGGGAACGUUUUCAGGAGGAGGCCAAGAACAGAGACCACCGCAAGAUUGGCAAAGAUCAGGAGCUGUUCUUCUUUCACGACUUGAGCCCCGGCAGCUGCUUCUUCAUGCCCCGCGGAGCCUACAUCUACAACACACUCACAGAGUUCAUCAGGGAUGAGUACUGGAGAAGAGGCUUUCAGGAAGUCGCCUCCCCCAACAUCUAUAACAGCAAACUGUGGGAGACAUCUGGCCACUGGCAGCACUACAGUGAAAACAUGUUCUCCUUCCCUGUGGAGGACGACAUCUUUGCUCUGAAGCCAAUGAACUGCCCCGGGCACUGUCUGAUGUUUGGCCACAGGCCUCGCUCGUGGAGGGAGCUUCCUCUGAGGCUGGCGGACUUCGGGGUCCUGCACAGAAACGAGCUCUCGGGAACACUGACGGGUCUGACUCGAGUGAGGCGCUUCCAGCAGGACGACGCCCACAUUUUCUGUAGAAUGGAUCAGAUCGAGUCCGAGAUGAAGGGCUGUCUGGACUUCCUCCGCUGUGUUUAUGACGUGUUUGGGUUUUCCUUCCAGCUGCACCUCUCCACUCGCCCAGAGAAAUAUCUGGGCGACAUUGCUGUGUGGAACCAGGCUGAGAAGCAACUGGAAAACAGCCUGAAUGAGUUUGGGGAGCCAUGGAAACUCAACCCUGGAGAUGGUGCUUUUUAUGGACCCAAGAUCGACAUAAAGAUCAAAGACGCCAUCGGACGUUACCACCAGUGUGCGACCAUUCAGCUGGACUUCCAGCUUCCCAUCCGCUUCGACCUGACCUUUGUUGGGAAGGAUGGAGACGACAAAGGCCGACCGGUCAUCAUCCAUCGCGCCAUCUUGGGGUCGGUGGAGAGGAUGAUUGCAAUCCUCACUGAGAACUAUGCAGGGAAAUGGCCCCUGUGGCUGUCUCCACGUCAGGUGAUGUUGGUGCCUGUGAACCCGUCCUGUGAAGAGUACGCCAAGAGGGUGUGUAAGCAGUUUACAGAUGCUGGAUUCACCGCAGAUGCCGACCUGGAUUCUGGAUGCCUCCUGAACAAGAAAAUCCGAAAUGCUCAGCUGGCUCAGUAUAACUUCAUACUUGUGGUCGGAGAGAAGGAGAAGAUGACUAACAGCGUCAAUGUGCGCACGAGAGACAACAAAGUGCACGGAGAGCUGUCGGUGUCCGAGGUGAUGGCUCGCCUGACCCUGCUCAAACAGUCCCGCUGUCGAAACGCCGAGGAGGAGUUCUGAUCAAGACAAACAAAGCAGAUCGCCACAUCUCAAUACCUCAAGCUUCGGGCUGCACUCGAUCAGCUGUGAAAGCACGAUUGAUGGCUCUUUGAAGGAUGGUUUCAGGAAGGUAGAGCACUUAGAAAUCCGAGGAAGUGGAAAAUCUGGAAGAAAAUGAAUGAGCAAGGCUCUGAAACAGAUAUAUGAAGGAAAAAUGUUACACAAACCUGUAUCGGUGGGAAGGAAAGUUACGUAAUGAUUUGAGAAAUUCAAAUGAAUGUUGUGAUAAGGAAAGUUGUUGUAAUUUGACUGAUUUUAUUUUCACAACUGUCUGCCUUAGUGGGGAAACCCUCAAAUAAAAUCAAUGUG